AUGGAUCACCACCACAACAAAGCUCCCAGCCACCACCAAUCAACACCGCAACCUGCUGUCGCCGUCCACCAUGCUCCCGCCCAGACCCACCACCAAUCCUCAUCACAACCUGCAGCUGUCCAACAUGUCUCUCAUCAGAGCCCUAAGUACACUGACAACAAACCCACUGUUAGGUUUUACAGCAAGAUCAAGACUGAUUACUCGCUCACCAUCCGUAAUGGAGAACCCGUUCUUGCACCCACCAACCCCUCCGAUCCUCAUCAGCAUUGGAUAAAGGAAGAGAAGCUUAGCACGAAAGUCAAAGAUGAAGAAGGUUUUCCCUCUUUUGCUCUGAUUAAUAAAGCUACUGGACAGGCUCUGAAGCACGCUACCGGUGCCGCUAAACCAGUUCAGUUGACGGAAUACAACCCAGAUAGGGUUGAUGAGUCUGUUCUUUGGACACAAAGCAAGGAUUUGGGUGAUGGUUUUCACUCAGUAAGAAUGGUGAACAAGAUUAAGCUUAAUAUAGAUGCAUCUAUUGGUGACACUGAGGUGGACGACUGCUCCUAUUUGAUAUGGUGGUGUGAAGUUCCCAUGACUAGAAACAUGGCGUGCUAUGUUCAUGGUGAUGGUGAUAUGUAUGGUUGAAUAAUGUUGUGUUUAAAUAAUAUGUUUAUGUAUUUAAAUAGCACGACAAUCGGACCGUUUACACGUCUCAAUACCACCACUAGUAUGUAUUGGACACGUACAUAUGGUUCGUGUUGCUUUUUAUACAUAGAUGUAUGAAUGAGAAUAAUUUUUGUUGGUGUAGUUUUCUUCUAUACCAAUUAAGUAAUUGAAAUUUGAGGAAGAUAAAGUAUUUUCACUGCAAGAAAAAGAUUUUGGUGGUAACUUUUCGUCCUUACAAGUCCGACUACUGAUUAGAGACCGAAAUAUAUUACCUCGGUUUCAAAUUGAUAGUUCAUUUUUUGAUUUUUGAAGUUUUUUUUCUUCAACUUUGACCUUAAAUAAUUUUGUUUUUGAUAGAUAAUACUUGAUGCAAAAUAUAUGAACGGA